AGAAGUAGGAGGCGGAAACCGGACGUUCGUCACCAGCUACACACCGACCGCAACCAUUUUGACGGAAAGAGCGAGGAGCUACGAAGCUGCGUGUUUGUCUCUCAGGCCUAAUUUACACAAAAUAAACAUUCACCAUGGCUAUGCAAGCGGCAAAACGCGCGAAUAUACGAUUGCCUCCCGAGGUGAACAGAAUCCUGUACAUCAGGAACCUUCCGUAUAAGAUCACGGCGGAAGAAAUGUAUGAUAUCUUUGGAAAAUACGGACCAAUUCGUCAAAUCAGAACGGGAAACACACCUGAAACAAGAGGAACAGCCUACGUCGUGUAUGAGGACAUUUUCGAUGCCAAAAACGCUUGUGAUCACUUGUCCGGAUUCAACGUCUGCAACCGUUACCUAGUGGUCCUCUACUACAAUGCAAACAGAGCCUUCCAGAAAAUGGACACAAAGAAGAAAGAGGAGCAGCUGAAGCUUCUAAAAGAAAAAUAUGGAAUCAACACAGACCCUCCAAAGUAGUGUCUCUGAAAGACCCAGAUGUCUGCAUUUUUUUCUUCAUCUGUACAAACUUCACGUGGCUUUGAUUAUUAUGUUGAACAUUGUUGUUGGAAAUAUUAUUUUUGAUUUUUUUCCCCCUUGAUUUAUACGUGUCUUUUAUUGUCCAAGAGAGAGCUGUUUUGUGCGCAGCCACAAAAGAUGCUAGUUCUCAAACUGUGCUUGUCAGUUUGAUUUUCAGACUGGGACUCACAUUUUUUUUGUUGUGUUCCUGUCAAAGUGAAUGACAGGCUUCAGUAAAAAGCAGAAUUCAGUGUGACAUGAUCUUAGUUUACACCCUGGGCAACACGUUAAAAUCUACCACAACAGAUUGCGUUGUCAGAUUUUUUUAAUCACAUUUAACUUAAAUAUGACCAUGGUUUAUAUGAUAAGAACUUGAGCGGAGCUGUACUGUAGAGCUGUAGGAUUUGAAUAUGUAAAGUACAUUUGUAAAAUAAAUGUUCCUUUUCUAAA